ACCCGCAACGGACAAUUUUCCACCAUAUGGGCUCUCUUCUGCCGCGUUCUUUGCGCGAAAUCCGACCUCAAUGCUUACACUUUCACUCCGGUACUGAGCGCCUGCAGGGCGCUGCCCCUCCCCGAACGAGGCAGGCAAGUCCGCAGUUUAAUGACCAAAACUGGCGCCGAGUCAGGAACUGUGGCUAAGACAGCCAUCUUGGACUUGUACUCCAAGUACGGGUUUCUGGAGGACUCUGUCAGAGCAUUUGAAGAGAUGGAGUUCAAGGAUGUUGUGACUUGGAACGCGUUGUUUUCGAGCUUUUUAAGGCGCGGGCUUGCCCGAGAAGCAGUUGGUGUUUUUGAAGCAAUGAGGAAGGAAGGAGUGGAGUUCAGCGAGUUUACUUUGUGUUCUUUGCUCAAAGCUUGCGCCUUUUCGAAGUCCUUUUGACAAGGCAAGCAGGUUCAUGGGAUGGUGGUUGUGAUGGGACGCGAUACGGUGAUUUUGGGCACUGCUUUGAUUGAUUUCUACUCCGGCCUUAGGCAUAUAAGUGAAGCAAUGAAAGUGUUCUCGACCUUGAAUUGUCGAAAGGAUGGUGUCAUGUUGAAUUCUCUAGUUGCCGGGUGUGUUUGAAACCAGAAGUAUGAAGAGGCAUUGUCGAUUAUGUCCACCAUGAAACCGAAUGUAGUUGCACCUACCAGCGCUCUUGCUGCUUGCUCUGAGAAUUCAAAUUUCUGAAUUCGGAAGCAGAUACAUUGCGUGGCAAGGCAUCAUGGGUUCAUAUCCGACAACCAAAUGUACAAUGUUCUGCUGGACACUUAAGCAAAAUGUGGGAAGAUUUCUAACGCUCGAUCUUUGUUUGAAAAAAUUCGUAAUAAUGAUGUGGUUUCGUGGACAAACAUGAUUGAUGCAUAUGAAAGUCAUGGGGAUGGGGUCGAAGCUCUUGAUCUGUUCAUCACGAUGGGGGAGGAAAGAACUGGAGUGUUGCCGAAUUCUGUGAUUUGUCUUGCUGUUCUCUCGGCUUGUGGGCACUUGGGGCUGGCCGAGCAAGGCCGGGAGUGUUUUAACUCUGCGACGGAGAAGUAUGGUCUGGACCUGGGUCCAGAGCAUGUGUGUUUCAUGGAUAUGUUAGGCCGUGCCAGUCAGAUAGAUGAAGUGUGGUGUGCGUUUGAUGAUACGGUUAAGCAUGGCAUUAGGCCUACGGCAGCAGUUUGGUCAGCACUGUUGAAUUUGUAGGCUUGUAGCCUUAACCUGGAUGUUAAAGUUGAGCUUGCUGCAAAGCAUCUGCUGCAGUUAGAGCCAGAUAAGCCCGGGAAUUAUGUGCUGAUAUCGAACUUUUGUGUUAAGGAAGUCGGAAGUAGCUGGGUUACCGAUUCGCACUGCCAUGAACACGCCACCAGGCUCUCCGUAUGAGAAAUCAAUACAAGUAAGAGA